AAUUACCACCGCAGAGAAACCCCAAAAUAUACAAAUUUGAGAAAUGCCUGUUCUCUCUCUCACUCAAUUUCUGACUGUACAAGUCGCAAAUUUUCUCUAGGCAUUUUAUGUUUAGGGUCUAUGUUUUCGACUCAGUUAUUCUGUGAAUAGCUGACUGAGAGAGCUGAAAGAGAGCUGAGAGAGAGAGAGAGAGAGAGAGAGAGAGAGAGAGGGAAAGCGGUGGAGUGGAAGAGAAGCUAUAAGCAUGGGUUGCUUUCGCUGCACAGGGGAAUCAAGCAAAAACUCGGAGCACAAGAACAAAACUCGUAGUAACAAGAAGAGUAAGCCCGGCGAUCGAACCGCUUCAGGUGCAUUGAAAGUCAACCCAAAUGUGGAUGUAAAGGAGUCUGAUGUGAAAAUGGAAUUAGAGUAUAAGGAUAACCAACUAGCUUUGGAUGUAAAGGGUUUAAAUUUGAAGGAGAUUUCAAAGGAUGGAAAAACUAUUGGCGAUCUAGCACAACAGACGUUAACCUUUGACGAACUAGCAGCUGCAACUGGCAAUUUCCGGUCAGACUGCUUUCUGGGCGAAGGAGGUUUUGGAAAAGUUUACAAGGGGCACUUGGACAAAAUCAAUCAGGAUGUAGCUAUCAAGCAACUUGACCGCAAUGGAUGCCAAGGGAUCAGGGAAUUCGUUGUUGAAGUUUUGACAUUAAGUCCAGUUGACCACCCCAAUCUUGUCAAAUUAAUUGGUUUUUGUGCUGAGGGAGAUCAGAGGCUAUUGGUUUACGAGUACAUGCCGUUAGGAUCUUUGGAAAACCAUUUGCACGAUCUACCACCUCAUUGGAAAGUAAUUGAUUGGAAUACAAGAAUGAAAAUAGCAGCUGGUGCAGCAAGGGGCUUGGAGUAUUUGCAUGAUAAAAUGAAACCUGCUGUUAUAUACCGUGAUCUGAAGUGCUCGAACAUUUUGCUUGGUGAAGGUUAUCACCCAAAGCUAUCUGAUUUUGGAUUGGCCAAAGUUGGGCCGAGUGGCGAUAAGACCCAUGUUUCCACAAGGGUUAUGGGCACAUAUGGAUACUGUGCACCGGAUUAUGCAAUGACAGGCCAGUUGACAGUUAAAUCAGAUAUUUACAGUUUUGGGGUUGUUCUUUUGGAGCUCAUCACAGGCAGGAAAGCAAUUGAUCCUACCAAAACUGCUAGGGAGCAAAAUCUGGUUGCAUGGGCACGGCCUUUGUUCAAAGAUCGGAAGAAAUUCUCACAAAUGGUUGAUCCGCUGCUUCAAGGUCAAUAUCCUAUGAGAGGUUUGUACCAAGCUCUUGCAAUUUCUGCAAUGUGCGUGCAGGAGCAGCCUAACAUGCGACCUGUCAUAGGUGAUGUUGUUACGGCUCUUAAUUACCUUGCUUCUCAAAAAUUUGAUCCCCAAAUCCAUCCAGUCCAAAACUCUCGGACGAGUUCAUCAUCUCCUAAUGUUAGAAGGGACACUGAUAAAAGACGAGUUGCAGGAACUGGACAAGAGGGAGAGAAUGAGUAGGAGGUCUAAAUUAAGAAUAAAGUGGCUCAAUUCCUUUUUGCACUGUUCAUAUAUAGUGUGCCUAGUUAUCAAUUUUUGCAUCAUAGGAGAUAACAGGUGCUGCUUUGAACCUUAAUAUAUACAAACAUGGAACUUCUGCCCUUUUUCUCAUUCCUUUCUUCAAUGUACAUGUGAGCUCGGAUUCUUGUAUGCAAGAAGAUGCCUCUUUCUAGGAAUGCUUUUCCCAUUUUCAUAGUUUAGCCUAACUUACUGUAAUAAUGACAUGUCUCAAGUUCUUCCUGUGAUAUCUUUUCCAGCCAUUUAUUUCACUCUA